AUGCCUAAAUCUAAGACUACAUCUAAACAGAAUUCAACUUUUGUUUCUCCGCCUCCUCCAUCACCUCCCCUUGCUUCCAAACCAAUUAUUAUCCCUUGUCCACCUCAACUUCGACCCGAAGAUCUUGUUUCAGAACAGCGUCGCCGCAAAGAUCCUUCAAAACCGUGUAAUGCAUUCAUUAUUUUCCGCCGCGAGUUUGUCAAGCACCUUCACGAAAAUGGAACUUAUCCUCGUAUGGUGAAGGUUAGUCAAUUGGCUGGAGAUGCAUGGAGAGCUCAACCUCUUAGCGUAAAGAAAGAAUAUAAGAAAAUUGCAGAAAAGACGGCCGCUUUAGUAAUGGAAGUUCGAAGACAAACGGCAUGUUUGUGCGAUAAGAAUUGGAGGCCAUACAAUAACAAGAAAAGCAAUAAAAAAGAGAAUAAUAAUGUCACUAAUAAAACCACAAACGACGAGCAACACGAGAACAAAAGCAAAUCAAAACCUGCAAUUUAUGCGAAAAACGUGGCUUACGACACUGAAGUCUGCCUCAAAGAUAUACCGAGAAGCCGACCUUUACCAACGUCCGCAUUCCCCAGUUCAAUGUCUCCUCAUUUUCAGUCUCGCCCUUUAAUUGUAUUACACGAAAACCCACAGGAAGAAUACAAACCUAGCAACAACCAGAUUUCUAAUUGGAAUUCGUCUCCAUUGACACCCUCACCAACAGUAACGACUUCACCCGUCAAUCCACCAAUUUCAGUCUUCACACCGCCAUCGUCGUCAACAUCUUCAUUUUUACCUCAUACAUUCCCACCUAAUUUUUUAACUUUUCCUCUUGAGCAAUAUAAUUCGAUUGCACCGUUUGUACCUACCCAAUCUGCGAAUUCGUUUCCAAAUGUUAAUGACACGGACUAUUUGGGGGAUAUCGGGAUGACGUUUAGUGAAAAUAGAUAUAUGGAAACGUCAAAUAUGCCAGCGCAAGAAUUUCUUUGGAUAAUGUCUUUGAAUAGGGAGUUCGGAUACGAUCAGAUCGAGGACAAUGGGUGUGGAAAUGCUUUCGGAGUGGGUUUGGAGUUUGAUGAAGGAAUAAUUGAAACGUAG